GGCCCUCUUUAUCUCCAUGUGAUACGAGACAAUGAAUGCAAUAACUUUCAUCUGAUCGGAUCAAUUCAAAUAAUUUUUAUAAAAAUAAUUUACUAUUCUUAGUAAUAUUAUUAUUAUUCUCUUUCUCUCAUCUUGUGUAGAUUUUAAAAUUUCUGUGUGAUAAAUACAUAUAUACGAUGAUCUUACUAUCUAUUCGAAUCUCUCAAGACAUUUAGACAAUCAAUUUAUUAGUUCAAACAUUUGAAGAUUGUAAGGAUUUUUACUUGUCUUCGUAUGGUUGGUACAAAUGUUUUGCAUUCAACUGAUACAAUAAGAGAGUUGCAUUCUAUUCACUAUACUCAUCAAUAUUGGGUAAUCGCAUAUUCUAAACAAAUAAGACUCAGUGAAUACAAGAUGAUGCCCUUUACAGGAAGUAAUAAUGAGCUGGGAAGAGAAAGGACAUCGAGCGUCAUGUACUAUUUUCUAAACCUCAUAAUAUAUUAUAUUCACGUGCAACAAUGGAAAGAACCCCACUCAAAGAUUGCUUUUCAGUGUAAUAAUAAUACGAUCUUUGUAAUCAAACAUUACUUUUAAAUACUAUAAUUAUUAGCAUAUAUAUCAUUUGAUCAUAACUCAUCUAACACAUGUAUUUUAUCACUUGUUAUGUGUAUAUCCAAUUUGUAAUUUUGCAACAAAGUGAACUACAAUUGGGUUAUGAGUUUUUUUUUUUUUCUUCAUUCGAUGUUUAUUAUCCUAUAAUUUGUCUAUUUAAUCGUUGGUUAUAUUGGCUAUAUAACCUCCUUCUGUAUAUUCAUUUCAUAGUUGCCAUAUAAUAAACGUUAUUGAGUGAGA